AUGAGUGAGUUUGGAGACUAUUUUUACAAAAUUGUUUUGAUUGGAGAUUCGGGUGUCGGAAAGUCUUGUUUGCUUUCGCGGUUUACGUAUAACGAAUUUCACACUGAAUCGAAAUCAACUAUUGGUGUAGAUUUCGCAACAAAAGUGAUGCUGAUUGAUGGAAAGACAGUGAAAGUGCAAAUAUGGGACACAGCCGGCCAAGAGCGUUUUCAAGCCAUAUCACGUGUAUUUUAUAAUGGUGCUGCAGCUGCUAUGGUAACGUACGAUGUAACACAAAUAAGAAGUUUUUAUAAUAAAGAAAAAUGGAUAGCCGAUAUAAAAGAGAAUGCAAAAACUGAUACAGUAUUGAUGUUAGUUGGCAAUAAGAGUGACUUGAAACAUCUUCGAACAGUUGAAAAAGAGGCUGCGGAGGAGUUUGCUGCAGAGAACAACAUGUUGUUUAUAGAAACGUCAGCUUUAGAAUCCAUAAAUGUCGAACGUGCUUUCAAAGAAGUCAUUCGUAGAUUUAGUCCAGGAGCUCAUAACAGAACUUUAGGUCCCAUUUUCUACAAAAGUGGUCAUAAAGCUGACCAAAAAUUUGGGUCUCUUGGCCUAGUCAGACCAAGUCUCGCCCCAAAUCCCUAUUUUAAACAACUUUUAGAGGGUUAUAGCAGCAUGAUUGAUAUUGUUCUGCAUCAGCAUCUAAAGAUGAGAAAUGUCAUUCAGUCAUAA